CCCCCCCAGGUGUUUGUGUCUCGGCCCCACUGCCCCUCCCCGCGCCCAGCCAGGUCCCCCCCCGCCCCUGUCAUGGCUGGCGUCGCCCGGCUGCUGCUGCUGCUGGGCACUGCGCUCCCCUUCCCCCUCCAGCUGCCCCCUGGCCCCCUGGCGGUGCUGCUGGGGGGGAACCUCUCGAUCCCACUCUCCUACCCCCUGGCCCAGCCGCCCCCCAGAAUCGUGUGGCAGAGGAACCAGAUGGCGCUGGCGGACGGACACCUGGGUCCCAAUGGCUCGGUGGCCGUGGCCCAGGUGUACCAGGGCCGGCUCAGCGUGGACCCCCAAGGGGGGGCGCUCACCAUCACCCCCGUGGCCCUCCAGGACACCGGCAUCUACACGGUCGAGGUCUUCCCACUGGGGGGCCAGGUGUGGCGGGGAGACGUCCAGGUGGAGGUGUACGAGCUGGUAGGGAAGGUCUCUGUGACGCCCCCUUCCCUGGAGGUGACCGAAGGCGCCAGGUUGGCGGUUCUCACCUGCACCCCCAUGCGGGGCACCAUCUCCUGGACCAAGGAUGGGCAAAGCCUGGACCAGGACCCCCGGUUCCGGGUCUCGGCCGGGACCCUCCAGAUCAGCUGGCCCAAGCGGAACGACACCGGCAGCUACGACUGCACCGUGUCCAACCCCUUCAGCAACGGCAUCGGCAUCGCCCAGAUCCGGGUCUAUUACGGGCCGGACCCCCCCACGAUCCACAUCUCGUCGGACCGUGACCCGGAGCCCCAGCGGUACGUCCGGGUGAACAGCACGGUGGGGCUCUCCUGCCGGGCCCCGUCGGACCCCCCCGCCCAGAUCUACUGGAGCCUGGCUGACGCCAGCGACCCCCUGGUCCCGGCCCAGCCGGACCUGAUGCUGCCCCGGGUCCAGCUCAGCCAGGCCGGGCCCUACUCCUGCCUCGCCAGCAACCCGCACACCCAGCACCGGCUCCGCGCCACCGUGACCCUCACCGUCACCCAGAUCCCCCCCGGUUCCCCCUCCUGCUCCCUGGACUCCGUGGCCAAUGGCACGGCCCUUCGCUUCCGCUGCUCCUGGCCGGGGGGCUCCCCGGCUCCCAGCCUCAGUCUGCAGGGACUGCCGGGGGGUGGGGAGCAGGGCGUCGGCCCCGCCCUCGAGCGAACCCUGAGCUCCCUCCUGCCCGCCCUGAGUGGUACCCGGGUCACCUGCCUGGGGAGACACCUCGCCGCCGAGGGGACCUGCAGCAUGACUCCUGAAGCCCCCUCUGGGGUCUCUCUCUCAUUCCAGGCCUCCCUGGACCCCGGGGGCACCGUCCUGCUGGAUCUGCAGUGCCAGGGCACCUACCGGCCUGUGGAGAUCACCUGGGCCCGGCACGGGGAGCCGCUGGGUCCGGGUGGGCGGUACCGGGUCAGCGCCGACGGGGCCCGACUCACCAUCAGCAACUUCACGGCCCCGCAGGACCUGGGGGGCUACUCGGUGCGGUGCCAAAACCCGCUGGGCUCGCAGGAGAGUAACCUCACGCUGACGGGUCCCUCCAUCUCCGGCUGGAGCCUGGCGCGUGGUUCGGAGCCCGGCUCGGCCCGGCUGAGCUGGGUGGUGCCGGAGGGCUCCGUGGUCACUGGGUUUUGGAUCCAGGUCCAGGGGCCCCCCGGGGGCCGGGCGGCUGGGGUGUGGCAGACGCUGCAGACACUAGGGGGCGCCACUCGCUCCAGCACCGUGGUGGGGCUCCAACCCCAAACCCCCUAUUCCUUCCGGCUGCUGCCCCUGCUGGGAGACCAGGCUGGGGAGCCCAGCCACACGCAGACGCUCCCAUCCGCCUCUACCCUGGGCCCCGGCGCCAUUGCAGGCAUCGUGUUGGGCUCGAUCCUGGGCAUGAUCCUGCUCCUUGCCCUCCUCGUGCUCCUGAUCUGGUUCCUCCGGGCGCGAUGGGGAAAGCAGGAGAAGAUGCCCCUGACCCCACCCGGGACCCACCAGCAUUACCUUCCCCGUCAGUUCCCGAACGGGAGAGAGUCUGACCCUGUCGAGCCCCCAGCACCCCCCUCCGGGGCAUCUUUGCGCUGCUCCUGGGGGGAUGGCAACCUGUCCUUCAUCAGCUACGAGGACCAUCUGCGCAUCCACGGCCCCCCUGCCUCUGGGCCCGGGUGUCCUGGAGACGGCCGGGGCCCCGGGCUCCCAUCUCUGGCCAGUGGGCAGGGCCCCAGGACAGCACGCAGCGCCACGCGGGUGUGACUGGCCCAGGAGAUCCGGCGUGGGAGCCAGGCGUCCGGGAGAGCCUUAUAGGGGCUGAGUGCCAGCAAUGAACCCAGGCGUCCGGGAGGCACCUAUAGAAUGGACUGAGCCUGCAUAGGACGAGGCUCCAUGGGCACGGUCUGGGCUCCCUGGAGUGUUCCCUGGCCCUGUGCUGGCCCCCCAACCUCCCCAGAACAGACUAUGGGACUAGGAGGGGUCCACAGGCCUCGACUGGGAGAAAGGGACUGGCCUGGAGGGGGCGGGACUUCCUGUCUUUCUUGAUGUGCUUGGGAAGAGGGUGGGACUUCCUGUUUUUGCAAAUUAUCUCAGGUUAUACAUAGCUCUGAUUAGAUCUCUGGAGAGAGAGA